AUGAGCGAGCCGGCACCAGCGGCGGCGGCAGCGGAGGAGGAGAAGAAGGCCGUCGCGGACGCGGAUGCGGCUGUGGUCGCGAAGGGAAAAGAGAAGGCGGAGGUGGCGCCGGCCGUGACGGCCUCAGCGGCCGGCACCAGGGGGAGGUUCGUGGCCUACCCGGCGCGGGUGGCGGAGCACGCUGACGUGGUGGCGGACGCCGCGCGCUUCAGGGCGGCGCUCGAGGGGCUGCACGCGCAGAUGGGCACCAGGCUCAAGGUGCCGAUUAUUGGAGGGAAAGAUUUGGAUCUUCAUCAGCUAUAUAAGGAGGUCACAUCACGGGGUGGUAUUGACAAGGUGAAGGCAGAGAAUAGAUGGAGAGAAGUGACUGCAUCAUUUAUUUUCCCUGCCACUGCGACAAAUGCUUCUUUUAUGUUGAAAAAAUACUAUAUGUCACUCUUAUAUCAUUUUGAGCAGCUAUACUUCUUUAGAGUGCAAGGCUGGCAUCAACAAGAAAUAGAUUCCAGAACGAAUUCCUCCAUUGAAGUUAAAACCGAAGCCCAAGCUUACCACAAAAGAAAAAGGGGUAUCAAUGCAUCUCCUUCAGAUCCAGCUUCGUCUUCAGAUAAUGUUGACGUAGAUGUGAUAGUUGAUGGCAAGUUUGAACAUGGCUACAUAGUAACUGUUACUAUGGGAUCAAAAUCCACUAAAGCAAUCCUCUAUAAUUGCACUGAAGAACCUGCUCUACCAACUCCGGAGCCACCUGUUGCAAGUAACAGCACUGAUUUGAAAGGUGGACGUCGCCGAAGACGACGUAGGAAGAAGCUAAGUACAACAGACCCAAGGCACCCCAAACCAAACAGGAGUGGCUAUAAUUUCUUCUUCCAGGAUCAACAUAGAAUGCUUAAGCCACAAUAUCCUGGACAAGACAGGCUGAUCAGUAAAAUGAUUGGUGAACGAUGGAACAAUCUAAGUCCUGAAGAUAAAACUGUAUAUCAAGAAAGAGGUGUACAGGAUAAGGAGCGAUACCGGACCCAGUUGGCUGCUUAUAAAGAAGAACUGAGGACAGGCCAACCUAUCAGCAAUGCUGUGCCUAUCCAGCAGAGACUCCCUCUGACAGAAGUGACGAUUGAUGAAGUAGACUCCAAGGUGAGCGAAGGUGAUAUGCUGCUGUCAAACCAAGGGUACAGCAGUAGUGAUGAAAGUGACCAUUCAGGAGAAAAAACUGUAGAAGACGAGCUCAACACUGAAACAUCCCCUGAGGUGAGCAUGGAAACAACUGGUUCUCCUGGACACCCUGAUCCCUCUGCCGAUGUUGACCACUUUGAGUUGCGGCGGAGAGAAAACCCCAAGGCAGAUGAGAAAGAUAAUGCACCACCUGAUUCAUGA